UUAAUUAUUAUUAUUUCUUUCAAAUUCUUCUAAUUAACUCUAAAUUUUAAUAACUAUACGAUAUUGUCAUUACAAUAAAAAUUAAAAGAAAUAAAUGAUAUAACCUGCAAUCGCGUCGCUAUGGCUAAUUUUACAACGGAUGCAAAAAUAUGUAUUGAACGUGACUUGGAAAUAACAAACAAACAGCAUGUAUAUGAAGACUUAAUUACUCGAUUUGAUAUACUAGAAACCUGUAAAUGGAUUACAGAUAAUAAUUAUGCUAAGGUGUGCCUACAAUUCCCUGAUGACCUUCUCAAUGUGAGUGCUGCUAUAUAUGAGGAAAUUAAAACAAGAACAAAUAUUGAUUUGUAUAUUCUUGGUGACACUUCUUAUGCAAGCUGUUGUGUAGACUCGGUAGCAGUCAUGCAUGUUAAGGGUGAUGCAGUGAUACAUUAUGGACACUCAUGCUUCACCAAAAGUAACAUUCCAGUCUACAUUGUAUUGCCUAAAACAGAAUUAAACUUUGAUGUCACAGAAAAACUAUUAUUAGAAAACUUUAAACUAGAUGAACCUAUUCAAUUAUGCCUGUUUUAUGAUGCGGAAUAUGAACACAGCAAAGAUAAAAUUGCUAAAUUCUGGUUUCAAGAAUAUCCUCAAAGUUAUUUAGCAUUUGUGCAAAUUGAAGAAUCAGAUAAAAGAAUUUUAGGAAGAAUAAUAAAAAAUAAAAAAGAUGAGGAUGUUUCUGUGGAAUUUCUCAAAGAUUGUAUAUGUAUCCAUAUUGGAUCAAGAGGGCAGACUUUAUUCAACUUCACUGUAUCAAUUCCAGCACUGAAAUGGUAUUUACUAGAACCAGGAAACAAUAGAGUUGAUAUCCUAGAAGAGACUGUAUGGUUCAAAAGAAGGCGAUUCUUGGUAGAAAAGUGCAAAGACGCCAAUGUUAUUGGCAUACUGGUUUGUAAGCUGGCUGGGGACCAAACUAAAGAUAUAAUAAGUAGGAUGAAGAAGAUAUGCAAAGUCAAUGGAAAGAAAAGCUAUAUAAUAUCAGUUGGUAAACCAAAUGUUGCCAAACUUGCAAACUUUCCAGAAAUUGAUAUUUAUGUCAUGAUAGCAUGUCCAGAAAAUGAUCUUUAUAACAACAGGGAUUUUUACAAACCCAUAGUAUAUCCAUUUGAAUUAGAAGUAGCAUUGAACUCAAACAGAGAAUCAUUUUAUAACUAUCAUGUAACGGACUAUGAUGAGCUGCUGCCGGGAAAGAGACAUUACUGUGAUAUAAGUCAUGUAAAGGAGGCCACUGAUGUAAGUCUCAUAACAGGCAAUAUAAGAGAAACAAAAAUACAAAGUGUUGAAGAAGGUAGCAUGGAUUUAGCAGUAAAACAGAAUUGGGCAUUAGAAAACAUAGGACAAAAUCUACAAGAAAGAUCAUGGAAAGGUUUAGAACAAAAACUAGGUGAGACAGAAGUAAAAUCAGCUGAAGAAGGACGUAAAGGUAUUCCCCUGCAGUACAGUAAUGAGCCAGAAUAAAUAAAACAACAUAAUUAAGAUAUUUACAAUAUUUAAUGUGUUUUUGUUUUUAAGUUUUAGAUACUAGUUAUAUAAUAAAUUAUUUAGAUAUUCA